AACAAGUUUUCAGUAUGGUAUAAUGUCUUUAAAAAGAGUUAAUUAUAGCAAAAAAGAACUUGAAAAAAGUAGGGAAUCUAGUACAUCAGAAAUAAAAGAUGUGUUUGUAUGGUCCAAUGAACGAAUAAUUAAAUGGGUCAACUCUGUUGGCCUUCGAGAUUAUGCCACUAACCUAAUAGAAAGUGGUGUCCACGGAGGGCUGAUUGCCCUUGAUGAAAGUUUUGACCAUAAUGCAUUAGCGUUGGCGUUACAAAUUCCUACGCAGAAUUCACAAGCAAGGCAAAUUUUAGAACGAGAAUUUAGCAAUUUACUGACUUUAGGUACCGAUCGGCGGAUAGACGAGGUAUGUAUAACCAAAUAA